GACGCAGCUGAAGAAGAAUGAGUACGUGGACCAAUGACAGCUGAAUGGAGACUUCAGAUGUUUGCGGGAGCAGUUGGAGUGAUUGUGAGCUUUAAAAGAAGAGAAGAAACGUUUAAAGAACAAUUUUCUUCUUGUCAGCCUUUAUUUUCAUAGAAACAGUCACCAUGAGGUUUACUUCCAGUCCUGUCAGAAAAUCUUCCCUCAGCAGCUCCAUCCUGACUGUCGUCUUGUUGCUGCAUUGCUGCCACAUCACCGGCAUUUAUGGCCAGAAGUCUGAAGGUGCCUUAACUGUGGUGGAGAACACAGAGGAAGGUGAUGAAGAAGAGGAGGUGACCGUAGUCGAUGAUGAUGAAGGAGAUCUGGAGGUGGUCCAACCUACUGAGCAGUGGCAGACGCUCAAACCAGGCCAGGCAGUGCCAGCUGGUUCCCAUGUGAGGCUCAAUCUACAGACAGGAGAGAGGGAGGUCCGACUGGGAGAGGAGCAGCUCAAGUACUGGACUCAGGAGCACAGGGAGACGGAGGAGACCCGGUCGUCCUUCAGUCCAGAUGAGUUAAAACAAGCCAUGAAGAAGAUAAAGGAGGAUCUGAACCUCGCUGGCAAAGAUGCAGAUCCUCAGGAGUCUGUGGCGUCUCAGUAUCGCCCCCUGGAGGAGUUAAAGAAGGACAUGGCUCAGCUGGACCUGUUGGUGGAGACAGAUGUUCAGAUCAUGAGGCGCCUGCUGGACCAGUUCAACAGCAGCAACUCCACUACAGAGCAGAGACUGGGCAUCCUGCUGGAGCUGGAGUACAUGGUCCAUCAGGUGGAUAAUGCUGAGAACCUGUGCUCCAUGGGGGGUCUGCAGGUCAUUCUGGAAGGUCUGAACAGCUCCGACUUCAGGUUACAGGAAAACUCUGCCUUUGUCCUGGGGUCUGCUGUGUCCAGUAACCCGGCGGUUCAGGUGAGAGCCGUGGAAAGCGGCGCCCUGCAGACGCUGUUGACCAGUCUGGCUACUGUACAGCCGCUCAAUGUGAAAAAGAAGGUUCUGUUUGCAGUGGCCUCCCUCCUGCGCCACUUCCCCUACGCUCAGCAUCACUUCCUGUCACAUGGUGGGCUGCAGGUCCUGUUAGAGCUGUUCAGGGCCGAUGGAGGCGGAGUUCUACGCACACGCAUCGUCACCAUGCUGUAUGACAUGAUCAGCGAGAAGGAACUGAUCUCUCAGGCGGGUUUGGACUCGGUUCUGGACGCCUCCCAUGAGGAGCGGGUCCGUCAGUACUCCAUGGUGUCCCUGCAGGGCCAUCUGUUAGAGAAGGGCUGGUGCAGUCUGGUUCCUCAGCUGCUGGAGUCCACUGAGCACGACUACAGAGAGAAGGCUCUCCGAGCUCUGUUGGCGAUGGCUCCUGUGUGUUUGGAUCAGUACCGGUCAGACGGCGCUCUGCUGGACUCUCUGCUCUCUCUCAAAGACCAGUACCAGGAAAUGGUUCAUUCAGAAAUGAUUCUAGGGGAGGAGAACAGCUACUUUGCAGAGAUUGUGGAACUAAUAGAUGCGCUGCAAAUAAAAAUUAAAUGACUGGAAGAUUGUACAUGGACAUUACAGACCACUCCUUCACCGCUCCUCAAGUGCAUCAAACAACCACAGACUCAUGUUUGAACGGUUUGUCCAGAUGUUCACACCGCCUUAUCAUCUCCUCUGUCAUCCUGUUUGUGACAUGGAGAUGUUGAGGGGUUUAGCAGCUUUUCUAAGGCAUCUGGAGGAGAGAGGAGGCUUCCUGGAGGAGCUGUGAGUGAGAAUGCACGGGUGUCCCCUCAUAUUUUUUGCAGAAGUUUUGUUUGCACACAUCACAAUUAAUUAAUGUCACUUUUAAACAACAGCUCUCCUCCAGUUACAUUUCACUUGGGAGAAAGUGAGAUGGAAAUUAAGGAAGUGAGAAAUGGGAAUUGGUGGCCUUAUAGCUUUUGCAGGAUUAGAGGGGAUUAGGACAGAUUUUCAUUUUUUUCCUAAUAUUGUUGUGGGAAUGCAUUUUUAUUUUGUGCUGAUAAUUUAAAAAUAAAUUAUUUAAAAAUAA